GUCAGUGAAUGUAAAUGUUGCUCCAUGUCUCCAUCUAGUGGACUGAUAGUAGAAGUGCAGCAGCUGAUGGCAGCUUCCUCUGCCUCUCUGCUGUCUGACUGCAUUCACCUGACACUGAUAUGAAGCAGAGAAGAAGAGCCAAUCAGAGGAGGAGAGAGGAGGGAGUCCCUCCCUCUAAAACCACUCUGUGUGGGGAAGAUGAGAGCCAGAGCAAAGGUCAGAGGAUCCAUCAGAGACGCAAACCAGAACCAGAACCAAAACCCAGCUGUGUGUCCUUUAAGAGUGACAUUUCAAAGCGUUACUUCAUUGACUUUAAAUCUCCUGGAUCUCCACCAUCAGAGAGGAUCCAUCAGAGACGCAAACCACAGCCAGCACCUAGAUGUGUGUCCUCUAAGAGCAACAGGUCAAAGAAUGAAUCUAUUAACUUUAAAUCUCCUGGAUCUCCACCAUCAGAGAGGAUCCAUCAGAGAUUCAAAACAGAGCCAGAACCAGAACCCAGCUGUGUGUCCUUUAAGAGCGACCGGUCAAUAGAUCGUCCUAUUGUUGACUUUCAAUCUCCUGGACCUCCAUCAUCAGAGAGAGUGAACCAGCAGAGCUCAGAGGUUCCAAGUGGUCAGUCUGUCAAACAGCAUCAAACACAGCUGGACUCCAUAUUUAUGCUGCUGGAGGACAAAAUUGUCACUUUUGUGAAGAAAGAACUGAUGAAAAUCCUUAAGAUUCUGAGUCCAGAUUACCCAGAAUUCUCAGACACUCAGAGAGAUGAUGAGGAGUUGGAAGGUGAUGAAGAAGAACAGAGAAGCAGCAAAGAGGCAGUGGUGAAGAUCACACUGCACUUCCUGAAGAAGAUGAAUCAGGAAAAGUUGGCUGACUGUUUGCAAAGCAGACAUUUUGCUGCAGUUUGUCAACAUCAACUUAAAUCUGGUCUGAAGAAGAAGUUCCAGUCUGUGUUUGAGGGGAUUGCUAAAGCAGGAAGACCAACCCUUCUGAACCAGAUCUACACAGAGCUCUACAUCACAGAGGGAGGGACUGGAGAGGUCAAUGAUGAACAUGAGGUCAGACAGAUUGAAACAGCAUCCAGGAAACCACACAGACCAGAAACAACAAUCAGACAAGAAGACAUCUUUAAAGUCCCACCUGGAAGAGAUCAACCAAUCAGAACAGUGAUGACAAAGGGAGUGGCUGGCAUUGGGAAAACAGUUUUAACACAAAAGUUCACUCUGGACUGGGCUGAAGACAAAGCCCACCAGAACAUCCACUUCAUAUUUCCAUUCACAUUCAGAGAGUUGAAUGUGGUGAAAGAGCAAAAGUUCAGCUUGGUGGAACUUGUUCAUCAUUUCUUUAGUGAAAGCAAAGAAAUCUGCAGCUUUGAACAGUUGCAGGUUCUGUUCAUCUUUGAUGGUUUGGAUGAGAGUCGACUUCCUCUGGACUUCCACAACAAGGAGAUCCUGACUGAUGCUACAGAGUCCACCUCAGUGGAUGUUCUGCUGACAAACCUCAUCAGGGGGAAACUGCUUCCCUCUGCUCUCCUCUGGAUAACCACACGACCUGCAGCAGCCAAUCAGAUCCCUCCUCAGUGUGUUGGCAUGGUAACAGAGGUCAGAGGGUUUAAUGACCCACAGAAGGAGGAAUACUUCAGGAAGAGAUUCAGAGAUGAGGAGCAGGCCAGCAGGAUCAUCUCCCACAUGAAGACAUCACAAAGCCUCCACAUCAUGUGCCACAUCCCAGUCUUCUGCUGGAUCACCGCUACAGUUCUGGAGGAUGUGUUGGAGACCAGAGAGGGAGGAGAGCUGCCUAGAAAUCUGACUGAGAUGUACAUCCACUUCCUGGUGGUUCAGACCAAAGUGAAGAAGGUCAAGUAUGAUGGAAGAGCUGAAACAGAUCCACACUGGAGUCCAGAAAGCAGGACGAUGAUUGAGUCUCUGGGAAAACUGGCUUUUGAUCAGCUGCAGAAAGGAAACCUGAUCUUCUAUGAAUCAGACCUGACAGAGUGUGGCAUCGAUAUCAGAGCAGCUUCAGUGUACUCAGGAGUGUUCACACAGAUCUUUAAAGAGGAGAGAGGUCUGUACCAGGACAAGGUGUUCUGCUUCAUCCAUCUGAGUGUUCAGGAGUUUUUGGCUGCUCUUCAUGUUCAUCUGAACUUUAUCAACUCUGGUUGUGACAUAAUGAAAGAAACACAAAGAUCUAAGAAGUCUUCAUUACUUAAUAAACCUGACCUAAAAUGUCUCCAUCAGAGAGCUGUUGAUCAGGCCUUACAGAGUCCAAAUGGACACUUGGAUUUAUUCCUCCGCUUCCUCCUGGGACUUUCACUGCAGACCAAUCAGAGACUUCUACAAGGUCUGCUGACACAGACAGGAAGUAGAUCACAAACUAAUCAGAAAACAGUUCAGUACAUCAAGAAAAAAGUCAGUGAAAAUGUGUCUGUAGAGAAAAGCAUCAAUCUGUUCCACUGUCUGAAUGAACUGAAUGAUCGUUCUCUAGUGGAGGAGAUCCAACAGUCUCUGAGUUCAGGAAGUCUCUCCACAGAUAAACUGUCUUCUACUCAGUGGUCAGCUCUGGUUUUCAUCUUAAUGUCAUCAGGAAAAGAUCUGGAUGUGUUUGACCUGAAGAAAUACUCUGCUUCAGAGGAGGUUCUUCUGAGACUGCUACCAGUGGUUAAAGGCUCCAACAAUUCUCUACUGAGUGACUGUAACCUCUCAGAGAGAAGCUGUGAAGCUCUGUCCUCAGUUCUCAGCUCCCAGUCCUCCAGUCUCAGAAAACUGGACCUGAGUAACAACAACCUGCAUGAUUCAGGAGUGAAGCUUCUCUCUGCUGGACUGAUGAGUCCCAACUGCAACCUGGAAACUCUCAGACUGAGUGGCUGUAACCUCUCAGAGAGAAGCUGUGAAGCUCUGUCCUCAGUUCUCAGCUCCCAGUCCUCCAGUCUCAGAGAACUGGACCUGAGUAACAACAACCUGCAGGAUUCAGGAGUGAAGCUUCUCUCUGCUGGGCUGAAGAGUCCAAACUGCAACCUGGAAACUCUCAGACUGAGUGGCUGUAACCUCUCAGAGAGAAGCUGUGAAGCUCUGUCCUCAGUUCUCAGCUCCCAGUCCACCAGUCUCAGAGAACUGGACCUGAGUAACAACAACCUGCAGGAUUCAGGAGUGAAGCUUCUCUCUGCUGGGCUGAAGAGUCCAAACUGCAACCUGGAAACUCUCAGCUUAUCAGGCUGUUUGGUCUCAGAGGAAGGCUGUGCUUCUCUGGCCUCAGCUCUGACCUCCAAUCCCUCCCAUCUGAAAGAGUUGGAUCUGAGCUACAAUCAUCCAGGAGACUCAGGAGUGAAGCUGCUGUGGGCUGGACUGAAGGAUCCACACUGGAGACUGGAAGCUCUCAGGGUGGAGCCUGCUGGAGUCCAAUUCUUGACACCAGGUCCAUGGAGAUAUUCCUGUCAACUCACCAUCGACACAAACACAGUGAACAGAAAACUCAAACUGUCUGAAGACAACAGGAAGGUGACAUAUGUGAAGGAGCUUCAGUCAUAUCCUGAUCAUCCAGAAAGAUUUGAUAAAUGGAAUCAGCUGCUGUGUAGAACUGGUCUGACUGGUCGCUGUUACUGGGAGGUCGAGUGGAGAGGAGAAGUUAAUAUUUCAGUGAGUUACAGAAGAAUCAGGAGGAAAGGAAUCAGUAGAGACUGUUUGUUUGGAGAGAAUGAUCAUUCCUGGAGUCUGAGAUGCUCUGAUGUUGAUGGUUACUCUGUCUGGCACAAUAACAGAGGAACUCGUCUCUCCUCCUCCUCUGUCUCUAACAGAGUAGCAGUGUAUGCGGACUGUCCUGCUGGCAUUCUGUCCUUCUACAGAGUUUCCUCUGACUCACUGAUCCUCCUCCACACCUUCAACGCCACAUUCACUGAACCUUUGAUUCCUGGAUUUAGGUUCUGGUGGACCAGUUCUGUUUCCUCAGUGUUUCUGUGCUGAGUUGAGUUUAAAGUGUCUAAAGCAGGGGUCACCAACCUUUUGGAGACUGGGAGCUACUUCACGGGUCCAGAGUAACACGAAGGACUACUUGUUUGAUAUAGAUUUUCUUGGCUCAACCUUUAUAACAAUAGUAUAUAUAUGUAUAUAUAUGAUUACAUGCUGCCUGAUCAUAUUAAUGUUAGGGACUACUGACAAUAGUUAUCAGUAAUAAUUUACCAUGGCAGAUAUGGUUAAUUACUAUUAAUAAUUAAUUACAGAAGUUCUUAGUUCAGAGUUUUAAGUUUGAUUCCCUUUAGAAGAUUUUCUGUGUGAUUCUAAAUUGCCCACAAGUGACUGAGAGUCUGGAUUGUUGCAGCUGCAGCUGAACAGCUGGAUGCACUGAGAUUUUCCUUUAAAUAAAUAAAAAAGAAAAGUUAUUGUAUUUUUUAUUAUCCAACCCUCUUUACUAUUAGCAAAAUUGUGGAGAGAAGAAAAAGUUAUUUUCUGUCAAAACAUCUUGUAUGUAGCACUUCAGUGUGAGUUUGUAGGGGUCAAAGGGCAGCCAAAGCCUAAAUCUUAUUCGUCAGUUUGCUUUUUCUGUCAGCUUUACAGUGCAAUCAGUUCUGGCAGGUUGCUGGUUUAUUAUUUUCCUUUUGGGGUUUUGCAAACUUAAAAGCUGACGGGUCACCUUUUGGCUGACACCAGGAGGUGUCAAAAAAAAUGUUAGACAGAUCGGAAGGUACAAAACUAUCACUGCACCUGACCUGCAAGAGCUCAACCACCUCUCCUUCGCGCAUCAUGUGCGCAUCGCACAAAACCAGCACAAACCUAAACCACUAAAGCAGCGCACCCUUUUUAUCGUUUUUUUUUUUUUUUACACAAAUGAUGCUAAAUAAUAUAGACAUGGAAACGAAGCCGACCCAGUAGAUCCACGGAGAGAGGAGGAUGUAGAUUCCCAGGUUCAGGUGGUGUCAGACGUCCAAAUGAGGAGAAGGUGAAGCAACAACUGUUGAACACAUAGUUCAGUCUCUACAAUCUAUUUCUUGGUGAAACAAUUCUGAUUGAGUUCUUGGAGACAUUUUCUUCUUCCCGUCCUGUAAAGAUGGAAACUGGGAAUAUUCCAGGAUUAUUCCAGAUCCACUUUUUGAUUUUCUUUUCCACUCAAAGCUUCACAGUAAUUAUCAGAAAGUUGUUUCCUGUUGUUUCAUGUUAUUUUUCUGUUGGCUUCUUAUUUUACACUCAUCAAAUUAAAAUAUUAAAUCUCAUUUAUUAUAUUUGCUACAGCUAUAUUUCAGUUGUAAUAGUGAAGGAUACACAUUUUUUCUUCUGCACUUGAUUCCUUUGAUGCUCAUUCUGGUCUUUCAACCCAAACUGGAGAAUAAAGGAUUUAACUGGAAAAACCAAAACCCAGUAAAAUCAGCAGCUGGUUGUGAUUAAAAUGCAGUUUGUUGCAGAGGUUCAAACUUCCUGAUGGUGACCUCUCCUCCGUCCCUCACCUUGUCUGGCCGGUUUUAAUCCUCACUGCAGUGUUAGACUGGAGCUCAUCUCUCAGAUUAAACAGAUUAACACUGAGCUGCAACAGGAACCAAACGUCUCUCCUCCAACUGAUUUCACU